GGGGUGGAUAGGCGGGGCUCUGGCUCGCGUGCGCACUGGUUUCCUGGUGUCCGUCGACGCGCCUGUGGCUUCAGGCUCCUAGGGUUUUCUCCCCUGUCCCCGUUUGUGUAAUUUGACUGGGUGUCCCCUUGCUGUCUUCCCGUUCCGUGACGGCGGCAGCGAGCGCUCCAAGCAUCUUGAAGACUUCGAUACCUUCUUCCUUCUGGUCAGGCAGCACUAGGAGCAGUCGAGCUGCGCGCGCCGCCUUCUUCGUGAGGGCCCCGGUAGGACCCCGGUGCUGCUGAGGCGGGCCGGAGCCCGAGCGGGAGCAGCAAUCUGAUCGGGAGGCGUUGUCAUCUUUGUCGCCGUCGUCGUAAACGCCCCCGUUGUCACUGUCCUCGUCGGCCCGACUGGGGCGCGGCUGGUGCGGCGAUGUGGUGGGGCGAGGGCUUCGGGGAGUGGAAGACGUUAGUCUGGGAGCUGCUGGGCGCUUCGGUGCUGGUGCUGUUGGUCCGCUGCCUCGUCCGCCUCCGGGAACAGUGGCCGCGGGUGCCUCACCGCGGCAGCCACAGCUUCUCCCUUGGCCCCGUCCAGGGCUUACAACCCUUCCCUGACUCCAGCCCCUGCCCCAAGCCCGGCCCUGACCAGGACCCCAGCCCCGACCCAGGCCUGGACCCCGACCCCGCAGCCCUGUCUGAGAACGACCUCCACUCAGGUAAACUAUCAAUGGAUGUUAUUUUGGCCAGAUUGAAAGAUUUGAAUUCAGAUGAUCUUAGAGAAGAAAUUGUGAAAGCAGGACUCAAGUGUGGGCCUAUUACUUCAACAACAAGAUUCAUUUUUGAAAAAAAACUCGCUCAAGCUUUACUGGAACAACAAGGAGGAAUUGAGGGAGUUUUUUUAUCCCCUCCAUAUCAAGCUUCAGAAAAUGUUGCUGUUAAUCAAAUAGGAACAAAACAGACUUUACAAUCUACUGUUGUAAACCCAGUGAAGCAUACCAGUUUGUCUGAAGAUAGAGAUUUUGGAUAUAAUAUGGGUUUGAAUCCUCCAGAAGAGGAUGCUUUAAUUCAUAAGUCCUGUUCUGUGCCACUCAGUGGAAUGGUCCACACUGAUUCACAGAAAGAUGUCUCAGUGCCAUGCAAAGAUCCUCCUCUGUACUAUGGAGUAUGUCCAGUUUAUGAAGACAUCUUAACAAGAAAUGAAAGAAUUCAUGUUUAUGAGGACAAGAAGGAAGCUUUGCAAGCUGUCAAAAUGAUCAAAGGGUCUCGAUUUAAAGCUUUUUCAAACAGAGAAGAUGCUGAGAAAUUUGCUAAAGGAAUCUGUGAUUAUUUUCCAUCCCCAAGCAAAACUAACUUUCCUCUCUCUCCAGUGAAAACAGUACCAUUUUUUAAUCGAGAUGGUUUAUGCUCACCUGAAUCAGAAUCGAUGAACAAAGAACGAGCAAACAGUUUUAAAAGCCCUCGCACACAAGACCUGACUGCCAAACUCCGAAAAGCUGUGGAGAAGGGAGAUGAAGCAGCAUUUUCAGAUCUUAUUUGGAAUAACCCACGCUAUCUAAUUGGUUCUGGGGACAACCCAACGGUAGUACAGGAAGGAUGUAGGUACAAUGUUAUGCACGUGGCCACCAAAGAGAAUCAGGCUCGUAUCUGCCAGUUAAUUUUAGACACUUUGGAAAAUCCUGAAUUUAUGAGGCUUAUGUACCCUGAUGAUGAUGAUGUCAUGCUGCAGGAUCGUAUUCGAUAUAUUGUUGACCUUUAUCUUAACACUCCUGACAAAACGGGAAAUGAUACUCCUUUGCAUUUUGCUUGCAAAUUUGGGAAUGCAGAUGUGGUCAAUGUACUUUCUUCACACCCUGAUGUUAUAAAAAAUCCUAGAAAUAAAUAUUUAAAAACUCCUGAAGAUGUAAUUUGUGAAAGAAGUAAAAACAAAUCUGUAGAACUGAAGGAGCGAAUUAGAGAAUAUUUAAAAGGUCAUUAUUAUGUUCCACUCCUGAGGGCAGAGGACAAUUCCUCUCCUGUAAUUGGUGACCUAUGGUCUCCAGAUCAGGGAGAUGGUCGUCCUCACGUAUCAACAUCUAGAUUUGGAAGUAGCCCCAAAGAUCCUGUUCUGAGUGUGAGAGCUUUUGCAGGACCAUUAAGUCCAUCUAAGGCAGAAGAUUUUCGAAGACGUUGGAAGACUCCACCUCGAGAGAGAGCUGACUUCUUUCAUAAUGUCAGGAAAUCAGAUCCAGAAAGAGGUGUUGAAAGAGUAGGAAGGGAGUUAGCCCAUGAGCUGGGAUAUCCAUGGGUUGAAUACUGGGAAUUCUUGGACUGUUUUGUUGAUCUAUCUUCCCAGGAGGGCCUUCGAAAGUUAGAAGAAUACCUGGGGCAACUUGAAAUGAGCAAAAUAGGCCUUCAAGAAACAGGAGAAAAUGAAACCCUCAACAGAUCUAAAAUUUGUAAUACUUCUGGCAGGAGUAAAAAAUGCAGCAACUCCAUUUCUGUGGGAGCAUUUCUAGAAGAAGAAGAUGUCAUAAGCCUAGAAAAAAUUAAAAAUAGACAAAAUGCAGCACGGAAUACCUGCCAGCCACUUAUUUCCCAAGAACCUGCCUGUGGUACUUCUGGAGAUUCACCAGGUGAUAUUCUCUCUAUGGAGCACACAGUAAAAGUAAUAGACACAUCAGGCCUGCCUGGGAGACAUGAUGAGAAGGGGAUCUCUUCCAACAGAAAUGGGUUUUGCAGUCCUAUAACUAAAGACAGGAUCAUCUGCAGGGAAAAGCAGAAGUCACAGUGUGGGAAAGAGAGCUUUCUUUCACCUGUCUCCAAUUUGAUGACAGAAUUUGACAAACUAAAUUUGCAAGAUGAAGGAGAUAGGUUUUUCAAGAAAACAAACCAAGUUAUGGGCAAAAAUGAAGAUGAGAGGAUUCUGACUUCAAGAAUGAUUCAAGUCAAAAUUUCCAAAGACCAGGUAGAUAAAACCUGUGCAAAUCAGAUAAAGGAAAACUCCUUGUCAGAAGAUGCAACUCUGGUAGGCAAGUGUGAAAAUGGCAAAAUAAGGACAGGAAAAGGAAUGUCACCUGAAUUUGAUAGACUGAUUUUUGAUUCCAGUGCUCCUGAUGGAGGAUCACAGCUUUGUAGCCAGGCUCAAUUGCAGUAUGACUCUUCUGUUUUGUCUUCGGAGUCUCCUUCUCCAAGGCUAUUUUCCAAGAUUCCAAAUGAAAGAGCCAAGAGAUUCUUCCUUCAAGGGGAAGAGCCAUCCAAAUUGGACCGGGAUGUUUUAGCAGCUAUAGAGCGUGUAGAAAUUGACCCUCAGAAAUACCCUGCUAUCAGCAAGUGGAAGAAUACUGUUCAGUCCUUUUCUACUUUAGAAAGGCAAAGCUGGCCAAGCCCGGCAUUGAAAGGAAAAUUCAGAUCCCAGUGUUCAACUUUAUGUUCACCUCGAAGUUCUUUGUGUUCCAGCCCCAGAAGAGGGAGCCCGGGGAAAUACAGCAAUUCAUGUUCACCUGGUUUGGGGAGCCCUGGUCGGUACAGCCCUGCAUAUGCAAACCUGCUAUUAAAAAUAGGUCACCCUACAGAGCCACCCACCCUCUAGAAGAUGGAUCUUUCUUCUGGGGACACCAUUUAAUUUUCUUUUGUUCUUGUUUGUUUGUUUGUUUGUUUGUUUAAAAGUGGGAAGGCACAUAGAUGAAAGUUUUGUUGAAAUUAACACAAGAAAAUGUAUUCUGGUUAUUUAUUAAGCCUCAUUUGAAGAGGACAUACAUAGAACUUUUUUAAAAAUGCAAAUAUAUAUUGUUUAAUAUCCCAGUUAGAUUACUAUCAACUUGUGAGUUAGCAAAGUGUUAAUUCAGAUACAAAUUUUUAAGUAAUCCUGUCUCAUAAAGCAGUUAUAAAUUCAGAUUGUUUCAAUUAGUGAUUCUUAAUAAAAAUGAAGAUCUUCAUAAUAGAACAAUAUGAUAACCCAUUUUACCAUUUGGACAGAAUUGGGUGUUGGGUGAAAUACAUGAUUACCUGUCAAAAGAACAGUUUAAGCAGAUCUUAAGCAGAUGAUUCUAAAUGUUGGGGGAGUCAGCACACUUGGUCAGAAUUAGCUAUCUUCUACCUCUUAAAAUUGCAUCAAUUCUCAUUUUGUUAGGUUUUUAUGUUCAUAAAAAAGAAAAAAUUAGUAAAAUUUGGCUUUGAAUUUUCAAUUCAUGAUUGAGAGAAACAACUCUCUGACUAAAACUAUAGCAUCAUUCCAAGCUGGCUUGAAGAAAAUCGUGUUGAGGUUGCGGAAUGAAAACCUCAUAGAAUUCUUUCUUUCUUGUAAACAUCAGUGUCUGAGAUGUUGAUAAUUUAGUUGGCUGGAAGCAUUAAAAAAAGGUUGACUUGAAAAUAAAAACUGGGCUUUUUUACCUGUGAGAACUAAAUGAAGUGGUUGCACCAAGGACACUAGCAAUAACUUAAGUCCCUUCUUACCAGCCAGGGUUUCAUAGUCCAGGUUAGUGUGUGUGACCCCAUUCUUUGGGCUUAAAGAAAUCCUCACACCAAUUCCUGAGCUAUGAAGCUGCCUCAGAAGGCUGCAGUGGCAAACGUCUCCUGUGCCUUAGCCUUGGGAAGGAGCCAUAAAUUGUUUGGCAGAAGUGUGGGCACUGCCUUACUGGAGGGCAGGAGCAGGGCCCCUCUCCAGUGACAUGUAGCUUAUCCUGGCUUAGACUUCAGGGAACUGUAAGUCCUACUCAAAAAUUUGAAGGAAUGAGGGUUGUAAAAAGUAUUUGUAGAAAUCUCUUUAAUGUUUUAGAAGCAGGAGAACAUGAAUGGAGUAAAUCACCCAGCACGAAUCAUUUCCGAGUGCUGGUUGAUCUCUGAGGCUGGUGUAGGGCAGUUGCUCCUAUGUAAGUUGUACCCUUUUCUGAAUACAGCAGAGGCUAUAUAUGACCUCCACAAUUGCUCUUCAUGUUUUUGUGAACUUAAUAGUGCCUUUUGUUAAAAAAAAAAAACAGACAAAAAAUAAUUUUUUGACCUUCCUUUUUUAAAAGGUGUAAGCUGACAUCUUAAGUUUGAGGACUUAAGAUGUUUAUUUUCUUUGUAGGACUUUUUAAUCAAAUACACAUGGGAGGCUGUUACUUCUGCAUGAUGACUGGAGCUAGAUCUGAGUUUUGGAAUCAAGCUGUAGAUUUUGAAUUUGUAAAGAUUAUUACACAGUUGUUUAAUUUGUUGUGUACAAGAUAAUUUGGGCAGUAAGUCGGUGGAAGUCACGUGUCCUCUUAAGAAUGGAGGAGCAUUAUUCUAAAUAGGAACCAAAAUACUGAUACUGUAUUCACAGUGGAGGGAAAUUUCUCCAAGCUGACUCCCUGUUACACUAGCCAGUAUACUAAGGUAUUAGUAUUAACUUUUCUUUUUUACAUAAAGAUGGAAAUAAAAAUUACAGUGUCCAUUUUUUUCUUGGUCACAGUGUUUUUCAGAUAACUCUUCCUAGAUGCAAUAUGCUCUCACAUGUUUAUACUAUAUUCUGUACUGAUGUUUAAAAAAAAAAAAGAUUGCUGCAAAGCAGAUUGGCACAUUGAUUCAUCAAGUGUCCUAAGUUAGACUACAUUUUAUAUCAUAAUGCUUUGUACCACUUAAUGAAAUAAAUUAUUUUUAGUUCACAAUAUCCUUAGUUUUGGACAGAGUAUCUUUCUUGACAGUAUUUUAAACCCUGUUUUGGAAAACAUUCACGAUAUUAAAAUGCUAAUGGAUACAUUUA